GUGGUCUUUAAGGCCAUGAUAGUCAAUGACUCUCUCCUCUGUCCUUCAUGCCCUCCCAGGCAUAAGGGAAUAUGGGUCAGGCUGUGGAUAAUAUCCUACGGAGGUUUGCUGAAGAUAGUGACUGGUUCCAUCUUAACAAUUUAUGUAGUCUUCUGUCUUGAUGAUGGGAUGGUGUUGAUGAACAAGAAGUACCCACCAAGAUUUCUGUACCCCAAAGAGUGGCAGCACCUCACUAUGUUCAUCCUCUUCACCCUCAAUGGCUGUGUAGAUGUCAUGAGCAAGAACUUGCUACCUCAGAGGUGUGUGGUCCUAGAGAAAGGUACCCUGGUCCUGACCUUCUAUGUGCUCCUGCUGCUGUUGAUGUCACACGGCCAGGACUCAACCGGGAUAGAGCUUCAGAUUCAUUAUCUGCUCAUCGUGGUGGUGUUCCUGUUGAUGCUGGUGUUGACCAUAGAGCUGUGGACUCCUGACACAUUUCACCUCUUGCUGAUUGAGACUUUUCUGUUUCUGACGAUGGGCUCCUGGCUGAUACAGGGGGGCUUUAUUCUGUACAGACCAGUCACUGGCUACCCAUGGCAGGAUGAUGACAUCAGUGACAUCAUGUUUAUCACCACCUUCUUCUGUUGGCAUGUGAUGAUCAAUGCUUUGUGUCUGCUGGGAAUCUAUGGAAUCUCUUCCUUUUGGCAUCAUUGUUACUGUCCCAGCUUGAAGCUGAUGGAAUCCAAAGAAGCUCCACAUCACAAGGGCACUACAGGACCCCUCUACAAAUUGCUGCGGGAAGUGGAACAGUCAGAGAAAGAUGACCAGGCUCCUCUCCUUUCAAAGAGCUCUCCCUGAGACAGGGCCUAGAAUGCCUGGCCCAUUGUCCACUCAUCUUUUCCCUUGUGUGUUCUCUCAGACACGUGCAAUGUACCCUUUUCGGUCCCCAGUGAAGGUAAUGGCCAUGAAGGAGAGCAGUUGGUCUCCAUCUGCUGGUA